AUGCGUUUCUCUAUCUCGUCGAUAGCUCUUUUGAGCGCCAUCCACCAAUCGCUCGCUGCACCAGCACCGGCGGCCAUCGCGGAGCCAUCUGUUCAAGGCGUCACAGAAACCAUCAAGGAACGCCAACUCCUAGGAAAUCUCUUGCCCGGCCUUGUCCCUGGAGUGCUUUCGCUCGUUGGCAACCUUCUCAAGGAUGUAAACGCCGCCGUCGCCAACGGCAACCCUACAGAAGUUCUCAAUAUACUCGAGCAGCUUCAACCCACAGCGCGGCCCACGAGCAUUGCCGCGGCUGUGGCAGGACAGUCUGACAUAUGGAAAAAGUCACCAACAAGAACAGACUUCUUUGCUGCCGUUGCGACCCAAAUAGCCGGAGGUUUAGUUCUCGACCAAACACUGAAAGCUGCUUUCACAGGUACUUUGCCAGUAGGAGAGAACAGCGUCAGCAAUACAAACCCACCCCCGCCGACUCCCAUCUACCCCAAGAAAGAUGAUGCAGACGCGCCAUACGCACUUUCUGAGACGGCUCUUCGCAAAGCAAUUUACAUCCCAUCCGGCUUCACAUACGGCGCCAAGCGCCCCGUCAUUUUCGUACCUGGAACUGGUUCUUACGGUGGCGUAAACUUUGCUGGAAACUUGCGAAAACUACUCACGGGUAAGAGCUUUGCUGAUCCAGUAUGGCUCAACAUCCCUGGCGCCAUGCUCGGCGAUGCGCAAACAAACUCGGAGUACAUUGCCUACGCCAUCAACUACAUCAGCGCCAUCUCGGGGCAAAACGCGCAGAACAUCGCCGUCAUAUCCUGGUCACAAGGCGGUCUCGAUACCCAAUGGGUAUUGAAGCACUGGCCAUCGACACGAAAGGUCGUCAAGGAUUUCUUGCCUGUAGCCCCAGAUUUCAAAGGCACGGUCCUGGCAAACGGCCUUUGCCUGUCGCCAAACAGUGAUGGUGCCAUCUUGCCAUGUAAUCCCUCUGUCAUCCAGCAAGAAGCUACAAGUGACUACAUCCGAAGCCUAAGGCAGGAUGGUGGAGACAGCGCUUAUGUGCCUACAACAACAUUUUACUCUAUCUUCGAUGAAGUAGUCCAGCCACAGCAGGGAACUGGAGCAUCUGCUUACAUGAACGACGUACGCAACGUUGGUGUGUCGAACAAUGAAGUUCAGCAGGUAUGCGCGGGCAAGCUGGCUGGUACAUUUUACGGCCAUGCCAGCGUUCUUUUCAACCCGCUUACCUACGCACUCAUCGUCGAUGCGCUGCAGAAUGAGGGCCCUGGAAAUCUGGCACGGAUUAAUUUGAACACUGUUUGCAGCAGCUAUGCAGCCCCAGGACUCGAUCUUGACGAUGUUUUGGCGACGUACGGCAUGAUUCCAAUCGCGGGCGGCUUGUUGCUAUUGGAUCCGUCGAAGACUUUUAGUGAGCCGUCGCUGAGGGCUUAUGCAAACUAG